UAGAAUUUAUAACCUCUAAAAAUAUGCUAUAAAAUAAACAACUACAAUGAAUUGUAAAUUGACAUUUCCUGGGAUUUUUAAAAAUUUUUGCACCAGCGUAAGAGCAACUAUAGUACCGAAUAGUAAUGUCAUACAUGAUAUCGAUACGAAUGUUUAUAAAUUUAGAAAACAUCCUGGUGUGGUUUUUCCUAGAACAGUAACUAUUCCUGAAAAUUUUGUAAAAUCAGUUAUAAAUGUAUUGGCUGAUUAUCCAGUGAAGAGUUUUAUAGAACCUAGCGAAAAACUUAGCAGGCAUUUGAAAUGCAGAGUGGCUCCAAUGGAAAAAUUUGAACUCAAAAAAAAAGUAAGAAAUAUUCAAGAAAGAGUUUUGGAAAAACAGAAAGAUAUUGAAAUUAACACUAUCGAAGAAGAAAUGAAUUACAGGCAAGUAAUUCAGAAUAAAAUUCAAAGAGCAAUAAAUGAGAAUCUGUACAAUUGGAAACCAGUUAAAUAUGAUGCCAGAAAUGCUCUCCUGUAUCUUAUAGGACGUUCUGCUGCUGAGUAUUCUGUUUUAGUAAGAAUAUUCAGUGAAAUAGAAAGUCGUGAUCCUGAUUUUAAGCCAAGAAGUAUAUUUGAUUAUGGAUCUGGAGUAGGAACAGUUACUUGGGCUGCAAAUAUUUAUUGGAAGAAGUACAUUUUAGAAUAUUUCAAUGUUGAUACAUCUAGAGAAAUGAACGAUUUGGCACAAAUAUUGUUACAAGGUGGAAAAGGUACAGGAAAUAUGCCAAUAAAAGGUGUUUUCUAUAGACAAUUUUUACCAUCUACUCCUUUAACCUAUGAUAUAGUUGUUUCAGCUUAUUCAUUGUUUGAACUACCAUCAGUUAAAAGUAGAUUAGAAACUGUUGUUAAUUUAUGGAAUAAAACUGCAAAGUAUUUAGUUAUAGUUGAACAUGGAACCAAUGCAGGAUUUAGGGUAGUAAAUGAAAUUAGAGAUUUUCUGCUCAAACUCAAUGAAGAUGGUCACAAAUGUACAGUUUUUAGUCCUUGCCCUCACGAUAACACUUGUCCCAGAUUUUUAUUAGAUGAUGGUACUCCUUGUAACUUUGAAGUAACUUAUCACUCACUUCCUAUUAGCACUCAUUCAAAACUGAAGAAGGAGUUAUAUUCUUAUGUUGUUCUUAAAAAAUGUAAGUCUGAUGAUAAAAGUAUUGAAGAGAGAUGGCCUAGAUUAGUUAGACCAACUUUGGUUAGGUCUAAGCAUACAAUUUGUAGAAUGUGUACAAGUAGUGGAAAACUUCAAGAAGUUGUUGUGACUGCCUCUAAAUAUGGAAAGACAAUGUAUCAUUGUGCAAGAUCAACUAAAUGGGGAGACUGUCUUCCUGUAUCAGUUAAAGAUGUAGAAAAGAAUAAGAUAAAAGAUUAGAUUAAUAAAAAAAUAUUAUUUUUAA